UAUGUUCUUCUAUGGCUUUUUAUUUGGUGGGGGCUGUGGCUUACAGUUUACGUCCUCUUUAGCAGCGGCUACCUUCUACUUUAAACGUUAUGCAACACUAGCGUUUUGUUUGCAGUCCGUAAGCUUUGGCUUUGGUUGUAUCGUCUUACCUCUUCCCGUCACUUUUCUUAUUCAAGCCUACGGUUGGCAAGGAUCCAUGAUUUUAUUAGCCGGCCUGCCAAUGCAGCAGAUUUGGUUAGCGCUCUUAUUAAAGCCAGCGACCUCAGGGCAAGUCGAAGACAUAAGGAAGCUGAAUAAAGAGGAUAAAGAGAAUAGAGAGUUGGAGAGGGAAUGGUUGGAACCUUUAAAACGACGUUUACUCAGGAAAAAAAUGUCAGCCGCCGAUGUGUUGAACCAGGAAGAAGAGGAUCGAGAAAAUAUUAUUGUAAUUCAGGCAGUUUCCAGGAGAGAAUUGGAAGUAGUUAGUAGCGGGAUUAUGAUGGAUGAAAAUGAUGAGGUGAUGCCUGUUAAUACAGAAGAGAGAGGAGAGAAUGAGGAUGUUGAGGAGGAAGAGGAUGACGAGGAGGCAAUUUGGAAGAGGAUGACCUAUAUGACCUGUAAUCAUUACAAUGAAGAACAAUUAUGUCGGAGCCGUUCGGCUAGUUGCAAUACGACGGCAGAAAAUUACGUUCGAAUAGUUCAUUUGGCGCCAUACGCAAUCGGAAUACUCUUAUCGAAUAGCAUUUGGGCAUUCAUUACUAUUUGGCUUUCCGAAAUUGCUAUAGUACAUACUAAGCUGGAUGGUUUGAUGACUUAUAAGUUUGUAUCUCUCUUCGGAUUCUCUUGCCUAAUUUCCAGGGGCGUUAUGUCGCGCUUCAAAUCCGUCAAACCUUUCAUAGGUCAUUUUAUCAUUUCUAUAAUUACCUCAGCAACUCUUUUCUUAGCGCCUUCUCUCAUUGAUACAUACAAUGGAUUGAGCAUUUCCAUAAUGCUAAUCGGAUGUAGUACGAACGCCUCAUUCUGUUUAAUUACUCCGUCAAUUAUAAGACUCAUGAACAAGAGCGGCCUUUUAAAACCUGCUUUUAACAUAUGCUUAUUGUGUUGUGGUGUUGGUAGCUUAAUAGGGCCGCUUCUUGGAGCUGUUCUUACUGAUUAUACGGGGGAUUUUACAGUCAGUUUCUAUGUUGCGGGUAUUACGUCUUUAUUAUCUGCGAUGUUUGUUGCGUUUUAUCAUUUCAUCUUUAAAUAA